UGUGUCAAGAGUAGCGGCAAAAAUUCAUAAUACAUAUUACCAUGUGAUGGAGUUGUAGGACUCUUAGCCUGAUCGAUGAGUUGGGAUUGAUUCUCAAAGGCUAUUCUGCAAAUUUUAUGAAGUCAAUUAAGUCAUGUAAAGAUUCAAUUGCUAUUCGUUUUCCGACAGUAGGUUAAGCGCAGCUCUAGUCGGUGGUCAGAAAAGAGUGCGCCCUACUUCCAUUUAGAAAGGCUUAAUAACUACGCAUUUUUAGACAGAAGUUUGCGAAAAUAACACUAAAAAUGAGUGAAGAACGGGUGAAAAUGCGCAAACAACUAGGGUUGCUGGAAGGGGUUGCAAUUAUCCUUGGUAUUAUAUUCGGCAGUGGUAUUUUUAUCUCCCCCAAAGAAGUUUUAGAAAAAACUGGGUCGGUUUGGGGAGCUCUAUCAGUUUGGGCGGUCUGCGGAGUUUUGGCGACACUUGGUGCCAUGUCAUAUGCAGAAUUAGGGACAGCAUUAGCUAAGAGCGGUGGUGAUUAUCACUAUAUAAACGAGGCCUAUGGCUCCUUACCAGCUUUCCUGUACCUCUGGGAUGCAAAUUUGGUUUUCGUACCGAGUACAAAUGCAAUAAUGGCGCUAACAUUUGCUAAUAAUCUACUCGAACCGAUAUUUCCAAAUUGUACUAUAGACCCUUUGAGUACGAAGCUUAUAGCUGCAGUAACUAUAUGUUUCCUAACAUUCAUCAAUGCAUACGAUGUGAGAUUCACAACCAGAAUACAAAAUGUCUUUAUGUUCACAAAGAUCUCGGCUUUGGUUGUCAUUAUUGUUGGCGGAAUUGUCUGGAUGGCAAGAGGUGGUGUCGAAAACUUUGAUGAUGGCUGGGCAGGUACUAAGACGUCCAUCAGUGAUUGGUCUGUAGCUUUCUACUCUGGAAUCUUUUCAUAUUCCGGCUGGAAUUACCUGAACUUUAUGACAGAAGAACUCCGAGAUCCCUAUGUGAAUCUUCCUCGUGCCAUUUAUUUGUCCCUGCCCCUGGUAACUGCUAUAUACAUACUAGCAAAUGUCUCAUACAUGGCUGUGCUCGGACCAUCUGGUGUCAGGGCUACCAAAGCUAUAGCAGUUGACUUUGCAGGAUCAGCUCUUGGGUCUAUGAAGUGGGCGAUGCCGACCUUAGUGGCUAUUGCUAUACUCGGAGGCCUGUCAGUUCAUAUCAUGACGUCAUCGAGGAUGUGCUUCGCUGGAGCCCGUAAUGGUCACAUGCCAGCAUUGUUAGCUCACAUUAAUGUUAAAUGUAUGUCACCGAUGCCGUCGCUAGUGUUCUUGAUGCUGAUCUCUCUGCUCAUGUUGAUCCCAAGCAAUCUGACGUCUCUAAUAACGUACUGCACAGUGGUCGAGUCGUUUUUCACAACGCUCAGUUGUAGCGCUGUGCUGUGGCUGAGAUACAAGAGACCAGACAUAGUGAGACCUAUCAAGGUGUCUCUGUGGAUGCCGGUGGUGUUUGUCACAAUAUGCACAGUGUUGCUAGUUGUGCCAAUAGUUAGUGAACCGGUGGCAGUGUUGGCCGGUGCGUUUAUAACUCUAGCUGGGGUUCCCGUGUAUUUUUUGCUGGUGAGGAGUAAGCCUGAGCCAGUAGUUCAACUAUCGAACAAAUUUACACUUCUGUGUCAGAAGUUGUUCCUAUCCAGCGUCGAAGAUAAGGAAGAUUAAUAAUGGGACCAGCUACUUAACAAUAAUAAUGUAUAAUGGAUUUGAAAGUUCCAGUAACCUUUUAAACCCUUUCCAUAUUUACACUCGCUGAGUUUAAUAGUGAGUCGUUAAAUUUGCUUGAAAACUCCUGACAAUGUUAAAAAUACCUUCAGUUGUUGUUAAUUUUUCUGUUUUAUGAGCUGCUUGUCUUUUACAGAGAUAUUCUUAUUAUGAAUAACUUAUUUCUGUAAAUUGUUUAUUUAUUCAAUAGUAUAAUUAAUGUGACAGUUUUCUUUUUUUUAUAUUUUAAUUUUUUUUUUCCUCAACCUAUACCGUUAAUCCAAUUUAAUGUUAAUGUAUUUAUUGAAAAAAGGCUGAGUAGAGAGCAAAUGAACUUAUACAUACACGUACUGUUAGUUAACAAUUAUAUUGUAAAUUUUUCAUACAAAUAAAAGGGCUCGGUCCGUUUUAUUGAUGUGUCGAUUCCUAUACAAUCUCUUUUCUUUUAUACUAUUUCAUUGUUUUACAGACAUACAUUUAAUUUUAGUCUUCCCUAGUAAUUAAUUGGUUCAUCAAUACAUAUCUUUUGAUGAACUCUGCACAAUUAAUUUAUAAAAUACAUACAAGCUGUUAUAAUUUUAUAUUUAUUUAUUUUUUUAUUUUUUUUUAGUCACUAUUGAAGAAUAUGUAAUAUUGCCAAUAUUUAUUCUUCCCGAACCUCAGAUAUGUAAUCUCUGUUAAUUUUAAAGAAUAAUAUAUAAGAACAACGGUCAGUUAUAGUUUUAGUUAGUAUCUUUGUUGUAGCAUUUAUUGUGGAUAGUUAUGUCUCCGACUGUACUCGAAUCACAAUGUCCCUUUGCUUAACGAUGACUUACAUUGUACUUAUGUUUUUGUGUAUAUUUUUUAAUUGUGCCUUAUUUUUGAUUAUAUAUAAUAUAGAUGUUCAGUUAAUUCGAAAUGAUCUGUUAGAAGUACAUGACUGGAAACAUAGUAGAUAUCUCAAGAUCAAUUUUUGAAUAGUUUUCUCUUUAUACUUUUUAUAUCGAUAUAUUUUGCAUAGCUCUUGCAUGUGUUACAUUGUUAUGUAAAUGUUUAUAAAUCUAUUCUGUGUUUUUUUUUUACCCAUGUUGAGUUUGUUGCCAAUUUAAUGUUUGAAUUUUGUAGCUUUUUAAUAAAAAAUAAAAAGAAGAAA